GUCUGGAGAUACACAUCAGAUCCCAAAUAUCUUGCUUGGCAUGCCACGUGGGUUCCUCAUUGAAACCUAUAAAUACCCCCCAAGGGCCACGGUGCAAAGGCAUCGGAGUGUCUACCCCGAGGACCCACCUCGAGGCUUUGCAGGUCAAUCCGGAGUGCAGAUAUGGACUGAAGAAGGACUUAUGGUUCCCAGCAACCUUCCACCUCAUCCCCCGCCCCCAAUCCUGAAUACACUCCCUCAUGUUGACCAUGCAGAAGGAGGAGAUGAAAAUCAACCACACAACUCGGCUCACAACUUAGCCUCUACUGCUAACCAGGACGUAGUUGCAACUCAACUCGCUGCCAUGCAACAACAGUUUGGUGUCUUUCAGCUAGUGCUGUCUCAGCUAUUGGCCCGAAACAAUCCUGGUGAUCCACUCAUCAACCUACUUAAUCCUGCUCCACAACCCCCAGCUCCACAACAAAAUCUUGAGCUAGUUCAGCAUACUCCUGCUAUUAGUGAAUCUCAAGGCCAAUCUCACAUCGCACCAGUUCAGCAACCCCUUCAUGAUGAUGUCACUCGACGUCUAGACAGCUUAGAAAAGCUAGUGGCUGAACAGCGAGGUGCCCCACCUCCACAUCAUGCUGCUGACUCCAUACCCCAUCCUUUGAACACCAACAUUACAUUGGAACCCUACCCCGCCGGCUUCAGGAUAUCACAACUUGAAACUUAUGAUGGGACGAAGGACCCCGAUGAUCAUCUCCAUGCUGUUUACUCUUGCAUGCAAGCCCAGAACGCCUCUGAUGCGCUGAUGUGCAAAAUCUUUCCCUCCACUCUCCAAGGUAAUGCUCGAACCUGGUACUACAGUCUACCUUCGAGGUCAAUCAGCUCUUAUACAGAAAUGACAUUUGCUUUUGCCACAAAGUUUUCCAGUAGAAGGUUGAUCAGGAAAACUACCUCCGAACUAAUGCGAGUUAGGCAGAGGGACGGAGAGUCUUUGAAGAAUUUUAUGAGCAGAUUCAAUGAUGCAGUACUGGAGAUUAACUCCUUCGACCAGGCUGUGGGAAUUACAGCUGUGAUCUCAGGUCUUAGCCAUGAGAGAUUCAGAGAUAGUCUGCUUAAACAUCCUGCCACCACCUUCAGUGAGGUAAAUGAUAGAUCACUAAAAGUCAUCACUGCUGAGGAAUAUGCCCUGUCGCAGAAUCCAACUCAUAUUAAGAACCAACACCCGGAUUGGGGAAAUGAGAAUCCGAAUAGGAAACGGAUGAAGACAACACAGAACCGAGGUCCGAUGCCGACUUCCACCCCGAGGUUCGGAAGGCCGAGCUUAGCACCUCCACAGCAACCUGCAGGUAAACCUCCAGCUACUUGGACCCCUUUUAAUUUGCCAAGGUCACAAAUCUUUAUGCAGAUUAAGAAUAAAAUGGACUUAAGGCGUCCGGGUCCAAUGAGAAUUGCUGCUACUACUAGAGAUCGCGCUAGUCUUGGAUUGGAUCCGGCUUUGUUGCAACGGUAUGAUGGUCCCAUCUACGGAUUCAACAACCAGCCAGUCCCAGUUGAAGGAGUCCUCACCAUGAAUGUUGCAUUUGGAAGUGGCAAGAGUUAUGUGACCCUUUCAGUUAGGUUUUUGGUAGUCAAGAUGGCGUCCUCAUUCAACGUCGUCAUUGGCCGACCCACACUGACUGAAAUCCGAGCUGUGGGCAAGGAUCAGACACUCGAGACUAAUCCCAAACGGGUUCUUGAUGAUCGGCAAGUUAUGGGUGUUGAGAUAGUAGAUAACCGACCAGAAGAUGAAACCAGAGUUGCUCCACUCGAAGAUGUGGAAGAGGUACAGAUUGAUGACAGAGAUCCGAGCCGGAAAACGCAAAUUGGGACUAAAUUGAACCCGAAGAAAAGAGCAGAGCUAAUAGCUUUUCUUUGGACCAAUAAAGAUGUUUUUGCAUGGACUUCAGCAGAUAUGCCGGGAAUUCCCACUUCAGUUUCUCAACAUAAACUCAGCACCAAUCCACUCAAGAAACCAGUAGCCCAGAAGCGACGCCUCUUUGGGGGGGGAGAGGUUAAAGCAAAUGGUAAAUGGCGGAUGUGCAUCGAUUACACCAACCUCAACGAUGCAUGUCAAAAGGACUGUUACCCAAUGCCAAACAUUGAUAAGCUGGUUGAGGCAGCUUCGGGAAAUGAGAGAUUGAGUCUCUUGGAUGCAUAUUCAGGAUAUCACCAAGUUCCAAUGGCUCCAAAAGACGAAGAGAAAACAUCGUUCUAUGCUGGCGAUGAAAUCUAUUACUACGUGAUGAUACCCUUCGGCUUGAAAAACGCUGGUGCUACUUACCAGAAGAUGGUUACCAUCGUAUUCCAAGCUCAAAUAGGCAGAAAUCUGGAAGUUUAUGUUGAUGACAUAGUGGUGAAGAGUUUGAAAGCUGAAGAUCAUUUAACUGACCUCGAGGAGACAUUCAACAACCUCAGAAGGAACAGAAUGAGGUUAAAUCCAGCAAAGUGCAUCUUCGGUGUGGAUUCGGGAAAAUUCCUGGGCUUCAUGGUGUCCAGAAGGGGGAUUGAGGUCAACCUUGAGAAGAUCAAAGCAGUAGCCGAAAUGGAACCUCCGAAGUCAGUAAAAGAUGUGCAGAGGUUGACAGGGAGAGUAGCAGCCCUUCAUAGAUUCAUUUCGAAAUCAGCAGAUAAAUGCCUGCCCUCACCUCCCUUGCUGACAAAGGCUGAUGAUGGAGAAAUCCUUUACUUGUACCUCGGCAUAUCAGAUGAGGCUAUCAGUUCUAUGUUAGUAAGGGAAGAGGGAAAGCAACAGAAACCAGUUUACUACAUCAGUAGUGUGUUACAUGGAGCUGAAGUCAGAUAUUCCGGAGCUGAAGUCAGAUAUUCCAUUGCUGAGAAAGUAGCCUUAACAGUUGUCACUUUAGCUAGGAAACUGAGACCGUACUUCCAAUCACACCCAAUCAUAGUCCUCACGAACCAGCAGCUCAGACAAAUUUUGCAGAAGCCAGAAUGUUUGGGGAGAUUGAUCAAAUGGGCAGUUGAACUGGAGUGUACCUCGGCUCACUCUGAUUCCCAGUCCGAGGUGGACAGUUGGAUUCUGUAUGUUGAUGGCGCGUCAAGUAACAAAGGUUCUGGCGCUGGUGCACUCCUACUUGGCCCAGAUGGGUAUCGAAGCGAACACGCUCUAAAAUUUAAUGUUGAUGCCACCAACAAUAUGGCCGAAUACGAAGCCCUGCUACUUGGCUUACAGCUAGCGACAGAGCUAAAGGUUGAAGUGAUACAAAUAUACAGUGAUUCACAGCUAGUAGUCAAUCAGGUCAACUCAGUCUGUGAAGUGGUUGAUCCUGUUAUGGUAAAGUAUGCAGCUCUGGUGGCCGAACUGAAAUCCAAAUUUCAGAAAUUCCAUUUAAGCAAAAUACCUCGAGCUGAAAAUGAGCAAGCAGACUCCCUCUCCAAGUUUGCUUCUGAUGGCAACCAAAGCUCCAGAUCGGUCUUUGUAGACAUUUUGGACGAGCCUAGCUUCUUGAAGCCACGAGUGAUGGAGGUCAGCACAGAUCCUAGCUCAUCGAGCUGGACAGAUCCAAUUAUCUCGUUUCUACGAGACGGCACAGUGCCUACGGAUAAACAGGAAGAGAUGAGGUUGAGGAAGAAGGCAUCUCGGUACACCCUUGUUAAUGAUGUCCUCUACAAAAGAUCUUUCUCACUCCCUCUGCUCCGUUGCCUAACCCUUUACGAGGCUGAAUACGCACUUCGGGAGGUGCAUGAAGGUGUCUGCGAAAGUCACGUAGGUGCUCGAACUUUGGCCCAUAAAGUCCUUAGACAAGAAGAGCUCACUACUCUGGUAGCACCUUGGCCAUUUGCUCAGUGGGGUCUUGACCUUCUAGGCCCGUUUAUGAAAGGGAUAGGAGGCGUAACCCAUCUCAUCGUUGGUGUGGAUUAUUUCACAAAAUGGGUUGAAGCUUGGGCACUAUCUAGUCUUACCUCCAAGAAGGUCGAAGACUUUGUUUUUAGCUCGAUUAUUUGCAGAUAUGGGAUCCCGAGUCAGAUUGUAGCUGACAACGGAACUCAAUUCAAUUGCUCUUCAUUCCGGGAUUUCUGUUCCAGCUACGGGAUCAAACUGCAGUUCACCUCAGUUUACCAUCCGGAGUCCAACGGCAUGGUCAAAUCUGUUAACAAAUGCAUCUUAGAAGGUAUAAAGCCGAGAUUGGAACAGCACAAGGCCAAAUGGGCAGACGAGCUCAACAACGUCCUCUGGGCAUACAGAACCACGAGCCGAACUGCCACAGCCAGAGAAGAAGCACGACUUCGAACUCUAGUCUACAAGCAGAAAAUAACAAACUUCUACAACAAACGAGUUCGACCCCGAACAUUCAAAGUAGGAGACCUUGUUCUCAGGAAAGCUGGUCUAACGGGGUUUGAAACUCGAUUUGGAAAGUUGGCACCAAACUGGGAAGGCCCCUACACUAUAGCCGAAGUGCUGCACCCAGGUGCUUAUAUCAUGCGGGACACCACAGGCAAACGGGUUCCUAGAGUCUGGAAUGUCAAUAACUUGAAAAAGUUUUACCCUUAAGUAUACCUCAUUUAAGUGAAUUUUGUCUUAAUCGUUAUUACUUCCAUUCCUUCCGCUCAACCCAAUGUGUAUUUGAACUCAAUUCAUUUAUCUCUUUAAUAAGUUUCACUUCAUAUU